GCGUUGCAGCACAGCCGACUGUGCAGAAACGGCGAGAAAAACGGGGGCUCCACAGACCCGCCCCUUCCAUCCACUGUCCUCCAGACACUGAGUCCAAGAUGACGGCCAUCAGCAGGACCACCAGGAGCAGAGCACCGCGUACAGAUGAUGCAGAGGAGAAAGACUACGUUGGUUUCGCCUCGCUGCCCAACCAGCUGCACAGGAAGUCGGUGAAGAAAGGGUUCGACUUCACGCUGAUGGUGGCCGGAGAGUCUGGUCUGGGUAAAUCCACUCUGGUGAACAGUCUGUUCCUCACCGACCUCCACAAAGACAGGAAACUUCUCAACGCUGAAGAGCGCAUCCAUCAGACGGUGGAGAUCAUGAAGCACACGGUGGACAUCGAGGAGAAAGGAGUGAAGCUGAAGCUCACCAUCGUGGACACGCCGGGGUUCGGAGACGCUGUAAACAACUCCGAGUGCUGGAGUGCGAUCACUGACUACAUCGAGCAGCAGUUUGAACAUUACUUCAGAGAUGAGAGCGGCCUGAACAGGAAGAACAUCCAAGACAACAGAGUGCACUGCUGCCUUUACUUCAUCCCCCCCUUCGGACACGGCCUGCGUCCCGUUGAUAUAGAGUUCAUGAAGGCUCUGCAGGACAAAGUGAACGUUGUUCCUCUCAUCGCUAAAGCCGACUGCCUGACUCCCAACGAGAUCAAGAAACUCAAAGAGAGGCUGAGGGAGGAGACAGAUAAAUACGGGAUAAAGAUCUACCAGUUUCCUGAGUGCGACUCUGAUGAAGACGAGGAGUUCAAGAGGCUGGACAGAGAGCUGAAGGAGAGCAGUCCGUUCGCAGUGAUCGGCAGCAACACGGUGGUGGAGGCUCGAGGUCAGAGGGUGAGAGGGAGGCUUUACCCCUGGGGCAUCGUGGAGGUGGAGAACCCGUCCCACUGCGACUUUGUGAAGCUGAGGACGAUGUUGAUCCGGACCCACAUGCACGACCUGAAGGACAUCACCAGCGACUGUCACUACGAGAACUACAGAGCGCAGUGCAUCCAGACCAUGACCACGAAGAUGAACGCAGACUCUCGGGUGGAGAGUCCGAUUCCCCUCCUGCCCCUGAACACACCAGACGUGGAGACGGAGAAUCUGAUCAAGAAUGAAGACGACGAGCUGAGGAGGAUGCAGCAGAUGCUCCAGAAGAUGCAGCAGCAGAUGCACGAGCAGGACCUGUGACUUUUUACAUUCAAAUGUGACUUUUACAUCUUUUAUUUAGGAUUUUAAAAUAACCAGAACUCCCACACAAACACUGAACACCAGAAUGAUUUACAGAAUUUAAAAGAAAUGUAAGGCACCCUUGAAAGUCAUUCAUUAUAUUUAUAUUAUUUUUAAUUUAUUUAUUUAUUCGUUGUAAUUUUUUUAAUGUUUAUUUAUUUAUUAUUAUAAUUAUAAUUUUUUUGUAAUUCUUUUAUAAUUUAUUUUCUAAUCUAAAAAAAAUGAAGGCAACCUUGAAAGUCAGGCGAUUAAAUGCAAUUUUCUUACUUCUUAAAACGAUGUAUUUGGUUCUUCGGUUACACUGCACUAUGUAUCAUGCACGUUACAACUAACACAUUCAAUGAGUAAAAACAAGGGAAUUUAUGUAGAAUUUAAACUUAAUCAAAACAAUACUUACAAAGCCAUACAGAAUAUCUUCAGAGUAGAAGAACAGCAUGCUGGGAAAUGUAUUUCUACCUAAUUUUCACAACAAACAUUGCAUUUCUUUUUGUUUGAAUGCAGUCAUUAGCCAAGACGCGUUAGGCAGUAGAGAGAGAGGCACCUUAGAGAAACACGCGGGUUUCUUUAGUGGUUUCUGCACAUAUUUUGAAAAGUUGUUGAUGUUGUGCAGGUUUAGCAGCAAAUGCAUGUUAAGAAAGAGCAUAUCAUAAAAUCAGUAGGAGUGUGUGUGAGUGCUAAUGCAUACUGGUUUCUUAGAUUGAAGAGGGCCCUGUUAUGCUUUGUUUGGGUUUCUCUUUCCUCCCCCUCUGUCUGAAACAAGGUAUUGCAGUGUACAAUCUUGGAAAUGUAACGUAAGAACAAUCCUACAUUCAGUACACUUGACUAUUUCUUAUUUGUAUGUAUGUGUGUGUGUGUGUAUAAUAUAUACCCAUCACCGUCCAGAUGUGAUUUCAUUUCAGCGACCAAUUUUAAAAUGUCUAGCCGAGCGGACGUGCAGAGAAACAAUUGGAUUAAGAUCGUGACACAUGAUUAGCCUUAAAGUAAUAAUACCUUUGUUUUAAACAGCUGAAAAACAGUGUAAAAAAUAAUCUGCGUUACGGUAAAACAAGGUCAAGCAUCAGAGGGUUAGAACACUGAAUAAAAUCUCUGUUUUCAUCAAG